GGACGUGACGUAGAACUACUGCUCUCGGCGUGCCGCGCGGUGAGGGCGGAAAUUCCCGGCGUGCUGCGCGGUGAGGGCGGAAGUUCCCGGCGUGCCUGUCAGCUGCUGGAGCCGGGCUGGGGAUGCUCGGAGCCCGGGGAGAGCGGUGAGGGAGCCGGAUAGAUGGAGGCGGAGAGGAUGGAGGAGGACCCCAACCACAACCACUGGGAGCUACGCCCCGAGUCCCCCCCGGACCCCGAGUACUGCCGGAGGGCCCGAGACUGCGGCCCCGGUAACAAGGGGCUCCUGGGGAUCAGCUCCAGCACCUCCAAGUUCCUGAUGAAUGUGAUCACAGUGGACGAUUACAAGAGCACCUACUGGCCCAAACUGGAGAGCGCCAUUGACCAGCUGCUGACGCAGAGUCCUGGAGAUUAUAUACCCAUUUCCUAUGAGCAGAUAUACAGCUGUGUAUAUAAAUGUGUCUGUCAGCAGCACUCAGAGCAGAUGUACAGCGAUCUCAUGUGCAAGAUCACUCGUCAUCUAGAGAGGGUGUCUCUAGAGCUCCAGGCAAGUUCUCCUGAGCAGUAUAUUGAAAAGUUUAACCUUGCCCUGGGCCAGUACAUGGGGGCACUGCACAGCAUUGUCCCACUUUUUAUCUAUAUGAACAAGUUUUAUAUAGAAACCAAACUGAACAGAGACCUGAAGGACGACCUCAUUUUGCUCUUUACGGAGCAUGUGGCAGAAAAGCACAUUUACAGCCUGAUGCCCUUGUUACUGGAGGCCCAGUCUACACCUUUUCAGAUCACUCCCUCCACCAUGGCAAGCAUUGUGAAAGGCUUGUACACGCUGCGGCCAGAAUGGGUCCAGCUUGCCCCAACGCUCUUCUCCAAAUUUAUUCCCAACAUUCUGCCUCCGGCAAUGGAAUCGGAGCUGCAGGAUUACGCAGCGCAGGAUCAGAAGCUGCAGCGGGAAUUGAUGCAGACCGGAUUCAACAGAGGUGACCAGUCACGUAAAAGAGCCGGAGACGAGUUGUCUUACAAUGGCUCCUGCACCAGAUAAGAUCCCAGUGACUUGCUCCCCGCAGACUGAAUCUGAGCUCUAGGACAAUGGCACCACAUGGACGAGUGCCGAGAUUCCUCCUGACGUGUCCCGAUGCCGACAGACGUGAACAUUAUUUAUAACAGGAGUUUUCUCUUGGGUGUAUAUAUACAUAGAAAUAUAUAUAUAUAUUUUUGUUUUAAAGAAAACUUGAACUUGCUGCUAAAAAACGGUGAUUGCUGAGAGGCCCUAAUCCGGCCGCAGCGCGAUCCCUGCUCCCUCCCUGUGCUGCAUCUUGUAUAUAGACAAUGUGGUUCUGCAGCCUGUGUGCCGCCCCCUCCCCGUACUGGCUGAUCCCCGGCUACAGGCCACGUUUAGCUGAAACCAUUCAUUUGUAUAAAACCUGUAAAAAGACAA